AUGGUCAAGGAUCGUCUGAACGAGUUCCAGACUCUCUCAGGCAAAACGAAGUCGAACCAUCACAGAUACGAUCCCCGCUUAUCAGCAGAGACAUCCAAGCUUCUACAUGAUGGGGAGACUUCGCUAGAGGGCUUCCUAAACCGUAUGACUGAGCUGCGGAACAUCGUGAAUCAGCUGGAGUCAUGGCUGGAAGAGGCUCGCAUACUACAUGGAGAACUUUUGCUCGCACCAGUUUCUGACGCAGAGAAAUCACGACAGUUGCGAGUCAUCAUGGAAAACUUUCGCACAACGUCUUUAGUUGCACGACAAAUGAUAAAGAGUAUAGACAAGGAAGUGAACAGCAAAUCGCAUCCCGACGAGUCGAAGUCAGUGGAUUUUCGCAUUAAAGGAAGUCAAGUCCGCAUGCUUACACAAGCCCUUCUCAAUGUGAUAUGGAAGUUCAACGAAGAAGAGGAGAAUUAUAAGGAACGUUGCAUGAAGAAAAUCACUGAUUAUCUAAAGAUCCAGGAUAUCAAGUUGACGGAUGACGAAAUAAGCGAUGCUAUUGACAACGGCGAUAUCUUCGAAAGGACGAAAGGUAUCCUUCUUGCAUACAGAGACAAAAAAGCACUCUUCGAGGAUGUCAAAGCACGACGUGAUGAAUUGUUCGAAAUCGAGAAGGUUAUCCGAGAAUUGAGCGAGAUGGUUGUGGAUCUCAACAAUCUUGUAUUGAGUCAGGGAGAAAUGCUUGACCGGAUUGAGACGAAUAUCGGAGAUGCUGUGGAUUACGCGGAGAAAGGGAGGCAGAAUGUCGAGGAUGCUCGUGAGCUGAAGAAGAAAGCACGAAAGAAGAAGAUCAUAAUUUGCGUAGUUCUUGCCAUACUGGUUCUCAUUUUGAUUAUUUUCUUGCAAGCAAUGAUAUGCCAUUUUACUCCGAUCUGCUAG